AAACCUAGUGGUGGAGAAUUAGAUUUGGAAGUCCAAUUCGUUUCUGCUCAAUAUAACUGGAAAGAAAGUUUCGUCUUUAAAAAAAAAACUCUCACUAUUGAACACAUUUAUAUUAUUCUUAGUUGGAGAAAUACUAGAAGUUACUUCGAAUUCUCCGAUGAUAUAGCUCAUUUCUUUAAUUAUAAAUCUCAGGAAGAAUUAAAAAGUGAUUUCUUGAAACUUACCACUGAAUUCACUGAAUUGCAAAUUUAG